AUGAAACAAGCCAUGGAGGACGGCGUCAGUGAGGUGCUAUCCUGUGUGGUGGAGGACGUCAGUCACGCCAUCAGCAGAAACAUCGGUGGAGCUCAGCUUCUGCAUGAACUGCUCAAUUCACCGUGGCUUCGCGCUCUACUGAAGGUUUAUGACUGCCUGUUGCAGUUUGAGAGGUCGACGCCCACACCUACCCUGCCUUACGCCUCAGGACUCUCACAUGAGAUUAUAACCACUUUACAGAGGGUCCACCGUCCCUCCGCUGAAGCCAGAGAGCUCUACAGCCUCCUCAGCUCACCUCACAUCCAGGCCCUCCUGUCGUCCCACGACAGUGUGGCCCAGUCAGACUAUGGACCUGUCUUACCUCCUCUGCCUGAUGAGAUGCCUGAGGAUGAGGAGGCCAUGAGGAUCGUUUGUCUGGUGAAGAACAACCAGCCGCUGGGGGCGACAAUAAGGAGGGACGAGGAGACAGGAGAGAUCUACAUCGCCAGGGUGAUUCAUGGAGGACUGGCUGACCGCAGUGGACUCCUCCAUCCUGGUGAUCUGUUGGUGGAGGUGAAUGGAAACCCUGUGGUGGGUCUGGAGCCGGAACAGGUCAUCCAGAUUCUGAUUAAUUCUCAGGGAACGAUCCUGUUUAAAGUAAUUCCUGACGCAGCUCAGAGCAGCAGCAGCCAGAAGUCGGUGUUCAUGAGGGCGAUGGUAGACUACUGCCCCCUGCAGGACUCCUCCAUCCCGUGUCCUGAUGCAGGGAUGCCGUUCAGCAGAGGCGACCUGCUGGAGGUGGUCGACCAGUCGGACGGAAGGUGGUGGCAGGCCAGGAAGCUGCGCUCCGCUGCGUCCUGUGCUGGUCUCAUCCCCUCUGCCAGCAUGCUGAAGAGUAAACAGAGGGAACACUGGUGGUGUCAGCCGUCACAGGUUCAUACCUGCAUCAAGCCCUAUGACGAUCGACCUCAGGCUGAUGACAAACACUCAGUACCAGAGCUGGAAGAGAUACACUUUGACGAGACUGAGUCUGAUGUUACUGAUGGAAUCUACCUGGCCGGUUUCCGGCGGAGUUUCCGUCUAUGGAGGAGGACGUCCUACAGAAGGAGACGACAGUCCUGCACCUCCUGCUCACCCAACAGCAGCGCCCUGUACACUCCGUAUGAGGAGGUGGCUCUGUACCAGCGCACCCCGCAGGAGAACCAUCGCCUCAUCAUCCUCAUCGGAGCUACGAGAGUCGGAGUGAACGAACUGAGGAAACGACUCAUCAAACUGAACCCUUCAACCUUCCAGGGACCCGUACCUCACACCACUCGUCCAAUCAGAGCAGGGGAGCAGUCAGGAAAGGAGUACCACUUUGUCACCAAAGAGCUGUUUGAGUACAUGGUCUGUAACCACAGGUUUGUGGAGUACGGGGAGUAUAAGGGUCACCUGUAUGGGACCAGCGCUGAGGCCAUAGAAGAGGUGCUGAAACGAGGACGGAUGUGCAUCAUCGAUGUCGAACCACAUAGCAUCCUGCCACUGAGGACGAGGAAACUGAAGCCGUACGUGAUCUUCAUCAAAGCUCCGAGUCCAGACAGACUGAGAGAAACCCGGAGAGACGCCCGAAUCAUCACCAACUGCUCCGUCAACAGAGUGUUCACAGAGGAAGACUUUGUGGAGCUGGAGGAGGUGUCCAGGCUGAUGGAGGCAAAGUACAAACAGUUUUUCGACAGCGUGCUGGUGAACGAUGACCUGCAGGACUCCUGCAUACAGCUCUUCUCCAUCAUCCAGGAGGCGCAGGACGAACCACAGUGGAUACCCGUCAGCUGGACCCGGAAAGAGGAGUGA